CAGAAGAAGACACAAAAUGCUAGCAGGUUGGCAGUGUUAGCUUGUAUUCAGAGGACGGUAGUGUUUUGUUGGGGCGUUUGUGAGGUUUUUUGGACAGAAAGGACGAUACGUGGUUCGUGUGGGAACUCUCAGCAUUUUCCAAAGUGUCGUAAAUGAGUGAAGAAGUGUUGAACGGAAAGACAACGUGGAUUGCUGUGAUUGUGAGACUAGCAGAUGAUCGGAGCUGCAGUGAAGAGGACGGCGGUGUUUGUGGGAGUUGGAGCUGAAGAUUCGGAGCAGCUGCAGCAACCAUGCCUUCCCUUCAGCCUCUGAGAGAGUUGAUCAGCGAGCGACUAGCUGCUGCAGCUGAAGAAAUCUUCAGACUCUGUGAAGGAACCAUCGUCCAGUACGAGCAGGAGCUCUGUCGUCAUCGCAGACUGCAGGAUCAUGUCAGCUGGAACCCGCAGCUUCAACUCCAUGUUGCAGUCGUCCCGCAGCAUUAUGUGACUGAAAAGGAUUUCUGCAACCAGCACAGGAAUAUCAGAGGGGAACAGGAAGAACCAGAACCUCCACAGAUUAAAGGAGAACCGGAGGAACCAGAACCUCCACAGAUUAAAGGAGAACCGGAGGAACCAGAACCUCCACAGAUUAAAGAGGAACCUGAGGAACCUCCACAGAAUGAGAAAGGAGGAGGACCUGAACCUCAACAGAUUAAAGAGGAACCUGAGGAACCUCCACAGAAUGAGAAAGGAGGAGGACCUGAACCUCAACAGAUUAAAGAGGAACCAGAGGAUUUUAAACAGGAAACUGAAACGUUGAUGGAGAUUCUUACCUAUGAAGAAAAUGAGAACAGUGAACCAGAUCUAAACAAUCUGCUGUUUUAUAAUGUAACUGAUAGUCAGGAUGAAAAAUCCAAUUCAAUUACAGAUGAAGCAUUAGACCAACAGAACAUAGAGCAGAAGAUCCAAAGAAUCUGUAAAGAAUGUGGCAAAAGUUUUGGUCACUUGUCUAAAUUCAGAUUUCACAUGAGAAUCCAUAAAAAAGGGAAAGCUUUUGCCUGUAAAGUAUGUACGAAAAGUUUUAGUAAAUUGACUAAUCUCCAAUCACACAUGAUAACUCACACAGGAGAGAAGUAUUUUUCUUGUAAGGAAUGUGACAGAGGUUUUAGUCGAAUAUCUAAUCUCAAAACACACAUGAGAACUCACACAGGAGAAAAGCCUUUUUCUUGUAAAGAAUGUGACAAAAGUUUUAGUCGAAUAUCUAAUCUCAAAACACACAUGAGAACUCACACAGGAGAGAAGCCUUUUACUUGUAAGGAAUGUAAUACAAGUUUUAGUCACAUAUCUCAUCUUAAAAGACACAUGAGAACUCACACAGGAGAAAAGCCUUUUCCGUGUACAGAAUGUGAUAAAAGUUUUAGUCACAUAGGUAAUCUGAAAACACACAUGAGAACCCAUACAGGGGAAAAGCCUUUUGCCUGUAAAGAAUGUAAAACUAGUUUUAGUGAUUCAUCAAAUCUUAAAAAACACAUGAGAACUCACACAGGAGAGAAGCCUUUUUCCUGUGAGGAAUGUAAUAGAAGUUUUAGUGAGAAAUAUGAUCUCAAAAAACACAUGAGAACUCACAAAGGAGAGAGGCCUUUUUCUUGUGAAGAAUGUGACAAAAGUUUUAGUCACAUAUCUAGUCUGAAAGCACAUAUGAGAAGUCAUACAGGCGAGAAGCCUUUUUCUUGUGAAGAAUGUAAUAAAAGUUUUAGACAUAUAUCUCAUCUCUAUGCACACAUGAGAACUCACACAGGAGAGAAUCAUUUCCCUUGUAAACUGUGAUAUACGUUUUGGUUAGGGUUUGACCCUAAUCUGCUAUUUAACCCCAAAUUCUUACAAAGGUUCUUCUGAGCCUUUAAAGGGUCUCAGUCUGAGUCAGUAGAAAGUAGAUUCUAAAGCACCUUGUGUUCCCCUUUGAGGGCAAGCUGUGUGGGGAUUUCAAUUUCACUUCAAUUCCACCAGGAUGUGACAGUUUCUUUCCCUUAUAAAGUUACCCAAGUCUACUUCAGGGACCAUGACAUUACUGUGCUUGAUCAACCAGUCAAUUGAAGCUGGAGCAUCAGACUAUUGAACCAAAAUGGCGGAUGCUGGCGCACACUGACUGCCGCUCCUAAUCUGAAUUGAACUGUUUUGCUGGAUCUAAGUCUUUUACCACUCUUUGGCAGCCUACUUUGUGGAAAAUUAAGAAACUUUUCAUAGUUUUGUCUAAGCAUUUGUCAAAACUUGCAAUGUCUAAGCUUCUGAUCUCAGCUCGACUCACCUUUUAUAGCCCUCCCGCUUUUCCCUUCGUGGAUUGGGACACUCCCUCACUGAUGCCAUCUGCACGCCUCAACCCGUAUGGAUUGUGUUUCCUGGGAUCAAUCCAUUCCAGUGUACACAGCCCAGGGCAAUAUCUUCGUGCCUGGCCGGUUAACCUGCUCCUAACUUCAGUGAGUUAGCUUCAGAAAAUUUGCUUCCUUAGCCAUCCUUCCCCUGACCCUCUUGGACUUUACGGCUGCUAUGCCUCCUUCGCUGGGGAUUUAUCCUGCUGUCUCACUUCUCUUUAUCUGGGCAACUUCUCCACAGACUGUCGUUAUUUUAUAAGGUCUGGUUAAUCCACCCUCUUCCAUAGCUAGCGCCAGCCCAGUGCUAGCUCCAGCCGCCAGAACAUGUUUCUGCAGCCAUACCUCUGCUCUCUGUUGGAAACAGUGCCAACCGCUUCUCGUGAAACUGUUCCAUAUUGCUGUCCUCGACACAGCGGGUCUUCCAAUUUAGCAUCCCCAAACAAUAUGCUAUCUCUCUGCUCAUGUCAGAUUUCUUCAGUAUGCCACCACAACAAAAGGCAAAGGAAUCUGCGUUCUCUACCUCACCACUCUCAGCCAAUCACAAAGCAGCGUUCUGUCAAUGUGUCUUCUCAACUCCCGCCGUCUCAACAAAAAAAGCUGUCAUCUUAAAUGAAUUUAUCAAAGACUUAUCGCUGGACUUAUCGCAACUUAUCGCUAAGUUUAAUUUUCAAAUGAAUGACUCACGCUCUAAAUCUCCUUCAGAUUUCUUAGGUUUACUGCAGUCUUUCAACAUCAUUCAAGAUGUCGAUUUCUCCACUCAUUUCCAUGGUCACAUCUUAGAACUCAUCCGCAAAACUGCAAUCUCAGUUCAUAAUCUUUCCAGUCAAAACCUUCAUUCAUUUGACAACCUAGCCAUAAGUCUGGACAUUGAAUUUCCUCUGCCUUCACCCAAAAUCAAGUGCAAGAUAACCUUUCACACCCUCAAAUCUGUCUCUCCUGUUUCAUUGUCAGCCUCCCUUGCUGCAAAAAUGUCCGUCUCUUGUUCCCCUCUGUCUAAGAACCCUACUGAACAUGUACUUCUUUAGUUUAGAAAUGUUUGCUCACAUCUAAAUGGUUUCAUUUUCUAUUCUAAGUAAAGAGGUUUUUCUGCUUCUGUGGGCGGAUUUUCAAAAUAAGUAAGCAAAGUAAGACGUGCUUUCUAGUUGUUUAUUGAGAAUUCGUGUAUUUACUAUUAAAAUGUGGGAUUAAUGUUUUUAUUUUUGAUGGUUCUUUAUUAAAGGUUUUCUUUUGUUUUA